GGACUGGAAGACUCCGACAAUGGAAACAAAUUCAUGUCAAUUCAUAUAUCACAAACCGCUAUUGUCGGAAAAUGUUGUUUGAUAUGUGUUUCCUAUCUUCGAAAGUCAUUGUUUAGAGGGUUUAAAGAGGAACAAAGUGCAUCUAAUACUGAUGCCACAUCAGAGUUCGAAAGAUAUAUUACUUAUGUUGUACAAAUUGAAGAGGAGGCAGAACUAUCUGAGAAUAUAUCAAGAAGUGCACUCAACUCAAUUAAUCGACUUCUUCAAGAGUCGGAAAACUAUGUGCCAAGUAACCUUAUUAAGCUUCUACAAAAAUCUGAAGGAUUCUCAGGAGUCAUAGAGUUUGUCGAUGAUGAAGUCCCAACUUUAUUAAAUGAAGAAGAAACCAGAUAUUGCUGGAGUCUAGAAACAGUAACCUUAACAUCCUUUGCGAUUGCAAUUCCCAACAUUGAUGAUGGUAAUCUCAAGGCUUUACUUGCUAGCAUGAAAGAAGGCCUCGAAUUUUCAAGACAUAUUGAGGAAAGCCUCAACACAAAUGGCGACUUGGUAAAGGCAAGAAAAGCAGCUAAGCGUAUUUGGCCUGAAAUUGAACUAUACCGCAGGUGGCUAAAAACUAAUCUUCAAAAAAAUGCUUGCAAAGGAUGUACGUCAAAAGAGAUUAUUCAGCACUUGGCCGAUGAAGCUGAGAAAGUCGUGAAACAAGUCAAGAGUUGCAAAAAGGGAAGUCUAGAUGACUCAAUGUAUAAGUACAUUGCUGCAAAUUCAAUGUACAGAACCAGCCAAACAAUUUUGCGCUACUGUGAUGCACAAGAAAAUUGGCCAACAGAUGAGGAACUUUUCCAGAGGAUAUCAACCAUGAUCGCAGAUAUACUAUGUGCUUGCUUUACCAACUUACCACGUGUCAUAACUUUAAAGUGUCAUCACAAGGCAAUGGAGAAAAGGAUAGAGAGCAUUUGGAGUGCAGCUCAACUUCUUGGAAGAUCCAAACAGAUAUUAAAGAUUCUUGAAGCGCGUCAACUUCCUAACUUAGACUUGCACUCUCGUGUGUACUUGCAUAUGUGGCAUUCUUUUCCAAAGAGUCAGAUACCAAGUGGUUGUGCUUCUCCGGUGAUCAAGACUAAUACAGCUUCUCCAUGUUCUAAUGAAUCGACCAUUGUUAAUAUCACAUAAGUUUGUAUCCCUAUAUGAUUUCAUUCUUGUCACUGUGUUCAUUUUAUAUUAAUUCCUUGUCUUUGAUC